GCUGACCAUGGACGUUGACGGCGCGUCCUCACCGCCUCUCCGCUACACAUCCCUCCCCCCUAGCAGCGCCCCCGUGCCCACACCGUCCUCUCCCGGCCCAUCUCGAGCCACCCCCAGACGAAACCGCCAACAGUCCGACGCUCUCGGCCUCUCUGACAAUGAGGCUCAAGCGGUCGAGGACGACGCUCCGCAACCGUCCCGCAGACGGGGUCGAGCGAGGAAUCAGAUGGGUGCAGACGUUCCUAUUGUCAAGGACGGUGUAGGCGAGAAGGUACAGGAGGCAUUCGAGACUUUCCUCAGAACAUUUACCGAAGAAGUUGACCUCGCGCCUACACCAGCUUCUGAAGCAGGCGUCCCCUCCGCACCCGACGGCGAACUCAUUUAUAUCGAACAGAUCCACACCAUGCGCGACUUCGAGCUCACUACCCUGUACGUCGACUAUGGACACCUCAUCAAGCUGGACGAAACCCUCGCCGAAGCGCUCACAAAGCAAUACUACCGCUUCCUUCCUUUCAUUCGACGUGCAGUCCACAAUCUCGUCGCCGAAUUCGAACCGGAUUACCUCAAAAUCAAUCCCACCGCCGCUGCCACGGACUCGGUGAACCUAGAAUCUCGAGAGUUCAACGUCGCGUUCUACAGUUUGCCACUCGUGUCUGGUAUACGCGAUCUGAAGACAGAGAGAAUCGGGACUCUGAUGAGCAUCAGUGGAACCGUGACGCGGACGAGUGAGGUUCGCCCCGAACUACUUUACGGUAGCUUCAUAUGCGAGGUCUGCGGCGGUCUCGUCAAUGACAUUGAGCAACAGUUUAAAUACACCGAGCCCAGCUUGUGCCCCAACCCCAUUUGCGGAAACCGCACAGCUUGGCAGCUCCAGAUAGACACCUCCAAGUUCACUGACUGGCAGAAAGUCCGCAUCCAAGAAAACCCGUCAGAGAUUCCUACCGGCUCCAUGCCGCGGUCUUUGGACGUCAUCCUGCGCUCGGAGCUUGUCGAGCGUGCCAAGGCUGGUGACAAGUGUGUGUUCACAGGAACGUUCAUCGUCGUGCCCGACGUCAGCUCGCUUGGCCUCCCUGGUGGCGAGAACGCGACAUUGCAACGAGAGUCGGCGCGUGCGCAGGGCGGCACUGCGGCGUCGAGCAUCGGCGGCGCUGGCGUGACUGGCCUGAAGAGUCUAGGCGUGCGGGAUUUGCAGUACAAGACUGCAUUCUUGGCGUGCAUGGUCCAAGAUGCGGAUGGUUAUCGUCGUAACAAUGUCCGGGGAGAAGAGAAUGGCGAGGAGAGCAACACGGAUGCUUUCGCAAACUCCUUGACGGAUCCUGAGUUGCAGGAGCUACAGCAUAUGAUACAAGACGAGCACAUCUACUCGCGUCUGGUCGGAAGCAUUGCCCCAACUGUGUAUGGGCACGAGAUCGUCAAGAAGGGUCUGCUUCUCCAGCUCAUGGGCGGAGUGCAUAAGCAGACUCCAGAGGGCAUGCACCUACGUGGAGACAUCAACAUCUGCAUUGUUGGCGACCCGUCCACGUCCAAAUCCCAGUUCCUCAAGUAUAUCUGCUCGUUCCUCCCUCGUGCGGUCUACACGUCCGGCAAGGCCUCCUCAGCAGCGGGUCUCACGGCCGCAGUCGUCAAGGACGAGGAGACGGGCGACUUCACGAUCGAAGCCGGCGCACUCAUGCUCGCGGACAACGGCAUCUGCGCGAUCGACGAGUUCGACAAGAUGGACAUCUCGGACCAGGUCGCGAUCCACGAGGCGAUGGAGCAGCAGACGAUCUCGAUCGCCAAGGCGGGCAUCCACGCGACGCUCAACGCGCGCACGUCCAUCCUCGCCGCCGCGAACCCGAUCGGGGGCCGGUACGACAGGAAGAAGAGUUUGAGGGCGAACGUCGCGAUGACGGCGCCGAUCAUGAGUCGGUUCGACUUGUUCUUUGUGGUGCUGGACGAGUGCGACGAGAAGAGCGAUUUGAACAUCGCGAAGCACAUCGUGAACGUGCAUCGGUUCCAGGACCAGGCUAUCGAUCCGGAGUUUAGCACGGAGGCGCUGCAGAGGUAUAUUCGGUAUGCGAGGACGUUCAACCCCAAGAUGACGCCUGAGGCGGCGGAUGUCCUGGUCGAGAAGUAUCGUAUACUCCGACAGGAUGACGCGUCUGGCGCAAGCAGGAACUCGUACCGCAUCACGGUUCGUCAGCUCGAGAGUAUGAUCCGUCUCAGCGAGGCCAUUGCGCGGGCGAAUUGCAAAACAGAGAUUACACCCGCGUUCGUCCGCGAGGCCUUCUCCCUCCUCCGACAAUCCAUCAUCCACGUCGAACAAGACGAUAUCGACUUCGACGAGGAAGAGCUCCGGGGCGAGCGCGAAGGGGACCGCCGCCCUCGCGCGUCCUCGCACGUCGACGGCGAGGACAGCCAGGACGUCGAGAUGUCCGGCCUCCAGUCCGGGGUCGACGACAUGUACGAGCCGGGCGCGAGCGGCGCGAACGGCCCGUCGUCGCACGCGCCGUCGCGGGCGACGAGCCAGGUGCCCCAGCCACAAGGCGAGCAAGGGGGCCCCGCGCAGCAGCCGAAGCCGAAGCGGAGGAUGGUCAUCACGCACGACAAGUAUGUGACGCUGCAGAGCCUGAUCGUGCUGCACCUGUCGCAGGUCGAGCGGGAGACGGGGACGGGGAUGGACAGGGACGAGCUGAUCGACUGGUACUUGGAGCUGAAGGAGGAGGAGAUUCAGGAUGUGGAGGAGCUCGAGUACGAGAAGGAGCUGAUCACGAAAAUGCUGAGGAAGCUCGUCAAGGACAACUACCUGAUUGAAAUCAGGGGAGACGUCCAGGACUCGCUGCCGCCGUCAAUGGAGGAGAGCAGUGGGCAGCAGACCGCCGACUCGCAGGAGGGCAAUGUCCGUGUGUACUACAUGGUCCAUCCUUCUGUCGAUACGGAGAGCUCGUCGUCUGUAUAGUGAUCAUGGUAAUCUACGCUGCCGAUGCGGUGUCGGUUGGUUUCUCUCUCUGGGAUCGUUACCUCGUUUUGGUGAACCGCUGCUGUGUCCACGCUGUCCGACCGAGUCGUCUGUAGCUCACGUUGUAUGUAUGUCAUGUGUAGUAUAUGUGCUAGUAGUGUCAAAAGCAAUCAGAAUGAACUAUCUUGUCGAAG